AUGUCCGAAUCCGAGAAGAAGUGCGCUGGGGCCGAUUGUGACAAUGAGGCUGGGAGCUUGCAAUGUCCAACCUGUCUGAAGCUGGGUGUCAAAGGCAGUUACUUUUGCACUCAAGACUGCUUCAAGCGAAACUGGGCCACCCACAAGGCAGUUCACAAGGCACAAAAUGCUGGCGGUGUUUACGAUCCUUUCCCGGCAUACCCAUACACCGGCUCGGUCAGGCCCGUAUACCCACUUUCCCCGCGUCGGCCCGUCCCUAAAACAAUCAAGCACCCAGACUGGGCCGUGACUGGUAUUCCUCAGCGUGAGCUGCGCUUGAGUAGGUCGAAAUGGGAUCUCUUGGAUACAAAGGGCCAAGAAGCUAUGCGGAAGGUGUGUAGGUUAGCUCGAGAAGUACUCGAUAUAACCGCUGCGGCGAUGAAGCCGGGUGUGACUACAGAUUACCUGGAUGAGAUUUGCCAUAAUGCUUGCAUCGAGCGAGAGGCUUAUCCUUCUCCACUUAACUAUAAUCACUUCCCUAAAUCGCUAUGUACAUCUCCUAAUGAGGUUGUAUGCCACGGUAUCCCCGAUGGUCGUGUUCUAAUUGAUGGUGAUAUUCUUAAUCUCGAUAUCUCACUAUAUCACGGUGGAUAUCACGCGGACUUGAACGAGACCUACUAUAUUGGCGACAAAGCCAAAGCGGAUCCGGACUCGGUCAGGCUCGUCGAGACCACACGAGAAGCUUUGGAUAUGGCUAUCGCAAUCAUCAAACCCGGCACACCGAUCCGAGAGUUUGGUAAGAUCAUUGAAAAGCAUGCCACCUCUAGGGGUCUCGUUGUCAUCAAAACUUGGGGCGGGCACGGUAUCAACUCGGAAUUCCACCCUCCUCCUUGGAUCCCCCACUAUGCGAAGAACAAGGCCGUAGGAACCUGCAAACCUGGUAUGACAUUUACAAUUGAACCUAUUCUCUCGUUGGGUACCAACCGGGAAAAGAAUUGGCCAGAUGACUGGACGAACGUUACAGUGGACGGCAAGCGGUCAGCACAAUUUGAACAUACUAUGCUCGUUACAGAAACGGGUGUUGAGGUUUUGACGGCCAGACUGCCGACCUCUCCAGGAGGCCCCAUCCCCAUUCCCGAGGUUUCAAAUGGGGAUGCGGACGAAAAGGAAUAA